UUGAAGCUUAAACGUUAGUUUUCUUCCGGAUUCGUGUUCUUUUAUAGAAGUUUACAUCUAAUGUGACAAAGGGAUCUUCACUGUUCUUAAAUAUAUGCUUGGAAACUGUGGAGAUGGCGUUUUCUGCCAUUUACUUUUUGGAUAACAAAGGUCAGGUUCUUAUCUCGCGCAAUUACCGAGGGGAUGUUGAAAUGUCGAUGAUUGAGAAGUUCAUGCCUUUACUUCAAAACAAAGAGGAGGAUGGAGCCUUGUAUCCUAUUUUAAAGCAAGACCAAGUCUAUUUUCUAUGGAUUAAAUACAAAAACAUCUUCAUGGUGUGUACAAUUAAGAGAAACACCAACAUUUCAUUAUCAUUUUCAUUUCUCUUCAAAGUAAAGCAGAUUUUUAUUGAGUAUUUUGGAGAUCUUGAACAGGAGAGUAUAAAAGACAAUUUUAUUCUAAUCUAUGAGCUCCUUGAUGAGAUUAUGGACUUUGGCUACCCACAGAUCACUGAAACAACAAUCCUGCAGGAAUACAUCACACAGGAAAGCUACAAAUUGAAGCAGGGGGCACCUAGACCUCCAGCUGCUGUAACCAAUGCAGUAUCCUGGAGAUCAGAAGGAAUCAAAUAUCGAAAGAAUGAACUUUUCAUGGAUAUCAUUGAGUCGAUUAAUUUCCUGGUAAAUACACGUGGCUCUGUGGUGCACAGUGAGAUUCUGGGGCAAAUUCUGAUAAAUUGCUGCCUGAGUGGGAUGCCUGAAGUCAGCUUGUGUUUUAAUGACAAUGCUCUUUUCAACCAGAAUCCAAUAAAAGCUAAUGUUGUGGACUUUGAAGAUAUAAAAUUCCAUUCGUCUGUUCGGCUAUCUCGCUUUGAAAAUGAACGUGUCAUCUCCUUCAUCCCACCAGACAAGGAGUUUGAGCUGAUGUCCUAUCGAGUUACCAACCAUGUCAGACCAUAUAUAGUGGUUGAAGCAGCUCUACAGAAAUACUCACAUAGCAGAAUGGAGAUCACAACAAGGGUGAAAGGACAAUUCAAGGAGCGCAUUACAGCUACAGAUGUUGUCAUUAUUAUCCCUGUCCCCAGUGAUGCUUCAUCCCCAAGAUUCAGCACCAUGAAAGGUUCUGUAGAAUGGGCACCUGCGGACAGUGCCAUCAUCUGGUCCAUGAAUUCAAUUAAAGGAGGGAAAGAAUUUGUAAUGAAAGCACAUCUGGGACUACCGAGUGUAGAUGCAGAGGAGCCUGAAGCUAAACCUCCAAUCAGAGUGAAGUUCAAAAUCCAGUACCUAGCGGCAUCAGGUUUACAGAUCAAAUACGUGCGAAUAAUUGAAAAGGGAAACUAUGAGGCGACUUCCUGGGUUCGAUGCCUCACAAAAAGUGGAGAUUUUCAAAUUCGCAUUUAAAGUAUUGCCAAGUCUGUAUAGAAGAUUGGGAGGAUUUGGACAUCAUUUGCAAGAAGUUCACUGUUGUCUGAAACAAAGGCCCUUGGCACAUGGUUCAUUUUUAGAUAAAGUAAAAGGAACAGUAAGGAUAAUUUUUUUUUAAAAGAAAGGCAAUUUUUAACCUGAAUAACGGUGUGUUUAUUUUAAUGUGGAGAAAAGGUAGUCGCUGCAACUAGUUCCAAAGUUGCAUCUGUCUUGUAUGCCAUCAGGUUCCGAAUACAGCCUCAGAUAGCGUUACUUUGGCAGAGUGAAAAUACUUGUUCAUUAAACAAGUAUACAAACACACAACCAAUGCUACCUAAAUGGUGUUUUUAUGAUGUUAGUUGUCCUGACACUUUGUUGCUUUACCACUUCUAAUUUGUGCUUACAAUUCUUCCACUAAUAAUUGUGGUGUUCUGGAAGCAUGUGCUUUGUCUUCUGGGAAUGUACAAAAGGCAACAGUGGGAGUAAUAGCACGGGCACUUGUUUUGAAGAGGAACUUGUUUAGAUCUCGCUGCAGCAGUGCUAGAUAGUGGUCUGUUAUCAUUUUGUGUGAAAUUAGGGAUGGGGCUUAGUAGUGAUACCAACUUCCUAUAAAUUAGAAGUGCAGCACAGGAAAAUAGUACAGUUUGCCUUGCCAUAACUACACUAUCUUCAAAAUGUACAGGUGAAGCUAUUAACAGAGAUGGUCAAUUAUGACAGCAAUGCGCUGAAACUAUAAGCAGGAAGUUGUGGGAUGACACAGCUGGUGGGGAAAUUGGAUCAUCCACAGGACUGAUGCAUGGGAGUGCAAUUCCCAGGUCAACAUCUGGUGAGUGUGGCAAUUCAAAGCAGCUAAUUAUGAUGCAGAUAUUAUCAGCAGCCCUACUACCUUGAUCAUGAAGGGGGUAAAGUUUUAGCUUUAGUAAUGGGGAAGUAGUACUGGGCCUACCUGGAACGCAAUUAAAUAUAUUCCUGUCACAGAAUGCAAGACUUUCAAUCUUCCUGUUAAAUCUUGGGAUGGGGCAGUUUGUUGUCAUCUCAUGCUUUGGCUCUUCUCUCUUGCACCCAGUAUACUUUGGCUGCUAUCACUCAAUGCUGCUAUCCAGCAGAUUUCUUGCUCUCUUCCAACAUUGGUUCGCAGUGUGUACACUUACUGCAAUGUUCAAUAGUUGCAGGUACACUGGACACGAGAACUAAAUCACAAAGACUACAUGAACCUGCUGCUAGUCCUUGAGGUCACAUUUACACCCAUCAGUCAGUUAUCAUGGAAGAAAGCUGGUUGUAACCAAAAAAGGACGUAACUUGCUAUCUUUUUCUAUCUUUGACACCAGUGAGGCACUAAUGUGUUUGAACUCCAUGGUUAACACAGAUGCAGAAGAUUAGAGGUGAAAUUUUCCACACUGCACGAUUAUGGAGGAGAGAAAUGUUGGAGAGAUCAGGGAAUUGAGGGUUGUAUGGAACUGGCACGGAAGAGGAGAUGAGGCCUGGGGUAGAUCAGCCAUGAUCAUAAUGGAUGGCAGGGCAGGC